CCGAGAGAUCCCUGAGACUUGGCCCUGAACAUUUGUGCCAAUGGACUCGUCGCUGGUGCCUGUAGACCCCUUUGGGAGGUCUGUGGUGCGUUGGCCGCAAGAGGAGGAUGACGAAGAGGAGGUCAUCCCGCUUGGGGAGGAGAGCACCAUGGUUCACGCGGAUGCGAUGGAGGAGCUGUCUCUCCUCCCCGCCUUGGGAGACGACGUGAGCGAGUUGGUCACCCGCGUGCGCGUGAGGCACCUCACGGCAUCAUUCCGCUUGGGGAUUCCUUUGGACCUGAAGCAACUCGCUUCGCAGGCGCCCAAUGCCGAGCUCCGACAACGACACACGGAGAAGGGCCAGCGCUUGGUGCUGAUGGGCUUGACCGCGCCCCGGUGGACGGGAUCCUUGCGCUCCGAUGGCCGCGUGCAGCUCUUUGCGCCCCACGCCACGGAGGAGCAGGCGCGUCUGAUGGGCAAGAAGCUGGCACGCAUCGUGCGGCGCGUCCAUUGCGCGGCGGUCACCUUCAAAGAUUGGCAGGUGCAGUGCAUGUCGGUGACAGCCAAUCUGCCAUUUUCGAUUGACCUGAACCACUCGGUGGCCAAGCUGCUGGACGCCGAUGCCGGAGACGGUUUGCGCCUGACCAGCGAAACCAGGUCCACAUUGGUGGUCGAGGUGAAGGACCUCGGAAACCUUCGCGUGCAUGUGUCGCAGCGAGGGCUCUUGAUGGUCUACACCCGAGACAUGUCUGUGGCCGUGAAGGCCUUCCAGGUGUUGGCCGGCGUCUUGCAGGCUUCGGCCCAGUGGUGGUCGACCGAACUGCAGGACUGGUCGGGGGGGCCGUCUCGGAGGCCGGGGAGGCUGCUUCCAAGGCGUGGCGGCGCCGGGUGGAAGAUGUUCGUCAGCAUGGCUCAGACAUGAACAGGAAACCCGGCCCACGUGUUUCCAAGUGCUUUUUCGCGUAAGGAUCGGUCGGAGGGGGAGAUUUUGAAACGUCGUUGGAUGGGCAUGGGUAGUUUGAUCGGAAGACAGUGACUAGUGAGUUCAAAGGCUCUUUGCAUCUCGUUGCAUGCAGUAUGUACUUAUAUAUAUAUAUAGUGAUAUAGUGGGAUAUAAUGGGAUAAGUUCUACAGCUUCCAUCAAUAA